AUGCCACCGAAUGCAAUGCUAUCCUGGGUCACAAGACCCAGAGUCUACGCCUACAACAUCCUGUCCACCUUCGCAGCACUCCUUGCAGUCGGAACAGCUUUCAACGAACGAAGCAAUUUUUACGCAGCAGUCGUCUUCCUCGGUCGAUCCAAUGGCUGCCUUCUCAUUCUACUCAACUUCCUCCUCGUCAUAGCAUUAGUCGCUGGGCGGAUACUCCAACUGCUGUUCUUCGGACAACUUCGCAGAUCAGAAGUCGAACUUGUCUGUGAACGAUCGUGGUACAGCCUUGUAGGGACGUUGUUGGCUGUUUCGAUCUUUCGAGAUGAUUUCAGCGUUUCUUUCGUCAUUCUAUUUGGUACGCUACUGUUCUUGAAGAUCUUUCACUGGCUUUCGGCUGAAAGGGUGGCUAGUAUCAUGCAAAGUCCUAGCGUGCCGAGGAUCUUCCAUGCUAGGAUGGUGUCGAUCCUCACCACGCUAUUGUUGGCGGAUUUGAUACUGGUUGGGUUCUCGAUGCAAAUGCUGCUGAUCAAAAAGAUCAAAGUGGGAAUAAUGGUCUUGUUCACUUCUGAAUUUAUCAUUCUCACCGCUUUACUCGGCAACACGAUAGCGCAGUACAUUUUGAACUGCAUUGAUACGGCCCGAGAGGAACCCUGGGAGGCCAAAUCCCUCUACGUUCUCUACGUCGACCUCGCACACGAUGUAGUACGGCUCUGCACGCAUACUUACUUCUUUAUCCUCCUCACCAGGAUGUACGGUAUCCCGCUGUCGCUUAUUCACGAUCUAUACAGCACAGGCAGGAGUUGCACAAUGAAGGUGAAAGCGCUGAUACGUUACAGGCAAGCGGUGAAGAAGAUGGAGACGAAGUAUCCAAAUGCCAGUGCUGCGGAUCUGCAGAGUACGGAUGGUACUUGUAUCAUUUGUAGAGAGGAUAUGGUAGCGGCUGAACUAGAGAGUGAAGCCGGAACUGCGGCUGCGAGUGGAGGAGGGAUGGUGACAAAUAAAACACCGAAAAAGCUUUCUUGUGGUCAUAUUUUCCAUUUCCGUUGUUUGAGGAGUUGGUUGGAGAGACAACAGAGUUGUCCCACUUGUAGGCGAAUGAUUUUGGAUGAUGAUCCCGAGCCAGCUCCGACAGCACAGCAACAGCAACAGCAGCAAGCACUGCAGCAGCAACAAAACGACGCCGCACAAUCUGGCACUACUGGUCCUGCAGUCCCAAGCGGAUCCGAUCCACAGCAGCCCAACACCUCAACUGCAAAUGCGACUGAUUUGACCACACAUGACCCAACCGCAGCAGAACAAGAGUACGACUCGCGCCUACAAGGGUUCCUUUCUCGCCUCCAAUCAGACCUUCGCAAGGUUCGGGAGGAAGGAAACCUUUCCGCUCGUCAAGCUUCCGCGACGCGACGGAGAACUAGCAGGAGUGGACGUUCAACGCCACGAGGCGGUGCAAAUGGAGCAACGAGAUUGUCGGCUGCUAUGGCUGGGCUAGAUUUUGGUCAGGGUGGAAGGCACGCAGGGCUGCCGAGAAACAAUGGAUGGCUGCCUCUUGUGCAGGGUAAGGGUUUUGAAGUGAAUUCCGUGGAAGGUGGGUUGUGGAUGCCACCUCCUCCCUCGACGCUGUACGUGAAUGGCAGGAGACCGACGCUUCCUAAUGGGGCAGGUCCAAGGGUUGCAGCUCCGGCUGCUACACACAGUACAGAAGAGGGUGAAGGUGAAGGUAAGGGCAAAGGCAAAGCUAGAGAUCUCGACCCUACCACUUCAACUGCGCCUGACGAGGGCGAGGCGGAGAGCGAAGAUCCAUCAGACCCGCGUGAAGCUAUUCGUCAAGCUACAUUGAGGCGGUUCGGUCAACUCAACUUCUCUUCCUCGACCACAACGCCAUCAGUAUCAACCACCAUCCCAGCAUCGUCAUCUCAACUAGCAGCUUCGCCACCAAUAGGACUCAUCCCCCUGUUCGACUCGAAUCAGAUUGCCAACUUCCACUCGAAGCAUGCUUCUGUUCUCCCACACCCCCUUCUUCCUGCCUCCUCAGCCCCUGUUCAGCCGAACAACGCAGAAGCGGCGCUGCAAGACAAAAGACGAGGGGUUCAAGAACAGAUCGCACUUCUUUCCGGUAUCCAGGCAAGAAUCGAUGGUGUCAUUGGCGAUCUGACUAGGGUUUUGGAUGCUGUGGCCCCAACUCCACUUCCUCAGCAGACACAGAAUGAGGGUUCGUCAUCAUAA